AUGGCCGACGCGACGCAGGCCCUCGUCGGCGUCUACGGGUGGUGGUGGUGCCCCGAGGUCCCAUCUCCCGGCCCGACGCACUGCGCCCGGACCGCCGCCGGGCUCGACUUCGGCGGCCUCGAUGACGUCGUCUUCUCCAUCGUGCCCUGCUCCGUCGCCAUCCUCUGGGCCCUGCACCGGUGCGCGCGGCUAUGGAAGCAGCCGGCGGCGGCGGCGGUGGCCCAGGGGUUCAUCCUCCCCGGGCUCUUCCUCAUCGGCUGCGCCGUCCUGUCCGUUCUGCUGUGCCUCACCCUGCCUGUUUCACUCUCCGUCGCGCCGGCCUCCGCCGUCCUCGCCUCCGGGCUUCUCCUGGCCUUCCGACAACUUGACCGGCCCGCGUCCUCGCCGCAGGGCUCGCAUCUCUUGACGUGUAAAAUGAUCCUCUGGCACGCCCUCGUGGCUUACCAAUUCGCCGGCCUGAUCUCCUUCAUCGGGAUCGCCGUCGUUGUCGGCGACCGCUACCCCGACAUGAGCGUCAACAUCGCCUCGUGGGCCCUCUCCUUCGGCGCCAGCCUCGUGCUCCUGCUCGUCUCGGCCCUGGAGCACGGCCGGUCGCUCGCCCCGUCCGCCCUGCUGCAGACGUUCCUCCUCGUCACCGUCGUCCUGGACGCGGCCCGCAUCGCCGGCGCCUGGUUCGACGGCGGCCACAUCUUCGACGAGGGGCGGCUGUUAACCAUCCGGCUCCUCAUCGAGGUCGCCCUGCUGUUCGCCGAGUCGAGCGCCAAGGCCGCCGUCAUCGCCGUCCCCGCCCGCAGGCAGGCCUCCCGGGAGGAGGUGGCGGGCAUCUUCGGCAAGUGCCUCGCGCUGUGGGUGAACCCGCUGCUGGCGUCGGGAUGGCGCAAGGACCUCACGCUCGACGAUUUCGAGCCGCUCGACGAGCCCCUAUCCGGCGACAAGGUGCUGGGGAGGCUUUCCUCGGCCUGGCAGAAAGUGAACCAGGACCGGGACCACGCUCUCGGCAUAGCCGUCCUGCGAACUUUCUGGGCCGAGAUCCUAGUCAUCCACAUUCCCCGCCUCAUCAUGGUCGGCCUCGGCCUCGCGCAGCCGUUGCUGGUGCAGACGACGCUCACGUACAUCCAGAACCACGAAAAUAAACCCGCCAGCUACGGCCGUUGGCUCAUCGCCGCUUUCUUCCUGAACUACGUCGGACUAGCCAUAUCCACGCAGCAGUACGAGCAGCGCGUCAACCGACUCAUCACCCGAGUGCGGGGCGCCCUCAUCGCCAUCAUCUACCAGAACAUGCUCUCCCUCCGCGCCGAGACGGGCAACGCACAGGCUGCCGUCUCCCUGAUGAGCACCGAGGUGGACCGCAUCACCGUGGCUGGCCAGUGGACGCUGUCCAUCGUCCCAGCCCUGCUCCAUCUGGGGUUCGCGUUCUGGAUCCUCGGCGGCCAGCUCGGCGGCGCCAGCGUCGCGCCCGUGGUCGUCGCAGCCUCGUGUGUGUUCGUCGGACUGAAAGUCGGCCAACGGAUACCCCCGCUCCAGCGCAAAUGGAUGCAGGCGAUCCAGAAACGCGUCGGCAUCACCACCGAGAUCAUCGGCUCGAUGAAGGGCGUCAAGAUGAGCGGCCUGUCUGCCACCGCCCAGGACCAGAUCCAGGGCCUCCGCGAUUUCGAGCUCGACGAGUCCAAGAAUUUCAGAAGGAUGCAGAUUCUCAAUGUGACGGUCGGACAAUUCCCAUCCAUCAUGACGCCUCCCAUCACCUUCGCGGCCUUCGCCAUCGUCCAGAAGCUGUCCGACGGGGAGCCCCUCAACGUGGUCCAGGCCUUCACCUCCCUCAGCCUGCUCGGCAUGCUAAUCAACCCCGUCGGCGAGCUCGUCACGUUGCCAAACAACCUGGGGUCCGUCAUCGGGUGCCUGGACCGCAUCCAGGAGUUCUUGGUCAAAGAGAAGCGGGACGACUACCGCCGGUUCACACCGCAGACGCCCCGAGACCCGCCGCACGGGGUCGGCGCGUCGGAACCACCCCCGGCAGACCCCCAGCCGCUGAUCAAAGUCUCGGGGGGGUCUUUCGGCUGGGACAGCGCCGCGCCGGUCCUGCAAGCCGUGGACCUCGAGAUCCCCGCCUCGACCCUCACGAUGCUCGUCGGCCCCGUCGGGUCCGGCAAGUCCACCCUGCUCAAGUCCAUCGUCGGGGAGACCUACCGCAUCGCCGGGUCCGUCGAGUACUUCACCACCGCCAGCGGCGCGGACGCGGACACGGUCGUGGCCUACUGCGACCAGGAGGCCUGGAUCCUCAACCAGAGCAUCAAGGACAACAUCUUUGGCGGUAGCGAAUACGACCCCGUCCUCUACAGCCGCGUCAUCCAGGCAUGCCAGCUGGAUGAGGACCUCAGCCUGCUGCCCCGGGGCGACGAGACGCUCGUCGGGAGCUCGGGCGCCGCCCUCAGCGGCGGACAGAAGCAACGUAUCGCACUCGCCAGAGCGGUCUACAGCGGGAAGCAAGUCAUCAUCAUGGACGACAACCUGAAGGGUCUCGACUCGAACACCGCCUCCAGGUGCUUCGACGCGCUGUUCGGCGCCGGCGGCCUCCUGCGAGAACGGAACCAAGCCGUCCUGUUCGCGACGCAUAACGCGCAAUGGCUCCCUUCCGCCAACACCAUCAUCGCCCUCGGCAGCGACGGCAGGGUCUCGGAAAGGGGCUCGUACGAAGAGCUGAGAAAGAGCGGGGGAUACGUCGGCACGCUCCAGGUCUCGCAGCAGGGAGGGCGGCAGGCCAAGGAGAACGGCGCCGGCGAGCUGGACGACAAACCCGUCUCCUCCUCGGCCGCGGCUGCAGCCGCCGCGCCAGACGCCUCCAAGACGCCCAACGCCCCGGGAGCCGCCAACACGAGCGCCCUUGCGUACUACAUCAAGUCUAUGGGGGUGUCCUCGUUCGCCCUGUUCUUCGUCAUGGUGCUUCUUCAGACGUCUUGCCGGACCAUGCAGAGGGUCUGGGUCAAGUACUGGGUCGCGGCCAACGAGGCCGGCGGCGAGGAGAACCUGGCCCUGUGGGCGGGCAUGUACGUCGGCUGGGGCUUUCUGACGGAGGCCGCCGUCGCCGCCGAGAUUUUCUGGUUCCUCGUCGUCAUCAUUCCUCACUCGGCCAAGGGGCUUCACUUUCGCAUUCUAAAGGCCGCAUUUGCCGCGCCGUUGUCCUUCUUCGUCAAGGCUGAUACGGGCGUCAUCAUCAACCGAUUCAGCCAGGACAUGAACCUCAUCGACGUGCCGCUCCCAAUCGCGUUCCUCCUAACAAGCGACACCCUCACCUUGACCAUCGCAGACAUCAUCCUCACCUGCGUCGCGACGGGCUACCUUGCCCUCGCCGUGCCCUUCCUUGCUGCCGUUCUCUGGGCGAUACAGCACAUCUACCUCCGCACCUCGCGUCAGGUGCGCCUUCUCGACCUCGAGGCCAAGGCGCCCGUCUUCUCACACUUCGUCGCCUCCUUCUCCGGGCUCGUCACCGUCCGCGCCCUCGGUUGGGCCGGCCGUGCCCGCGACGAGAACCUCGCGCGGCUCGACCGCUCCCAGCGUGCCUUUUACGCUAUGGGAAGCCUGCAGAAGUGGCUGCUCCUUGUGCUCAACCUCACCGUCGCCGGGCUCGCCGUUCUGCUCGUCAGCACGGCCGUGGCGCUGCGGGACACCGUCGACCCCGGCCUGCUCGGCGUGGCGCUCGUCAGCGUCAUGGGCUUCGGGCAGCUGCUGACGGGGCUCCUGGGCAACUGGGCGAUGCUUGACACGAGCCUGGGUGCCGUGGCUAGGAUCAGGGAAUUCGAGACGGAGACGCCCUCGGAGGAAAAGGACGACAAGACCCUGGAGGCUUUUGGGGAAUGGCCGCUGAAGGGGCAGAUCGACAUGAUCAAUAUCUCGGCGGCCUACGACGACCACCGGGUCCUCAGCGGCAUCAACCUCUCGAUCAAGUCGGGCGAGAAGGUGGCUGUCUGCGGUCGCACUGGCAGCGGCAAGUCCACCCUACUGGCGCUUCUCCUCCGGCUGCACGAGCCGUCGACGGGAGCGAUCGAGAUCGACGGCGUAGACAUCGCGAGCGUGCCCGUCAAACAGCUCCGCGGGUCCCUCGUGGCGCUCCCUCGAGACCCGCUCUUCCUGCCCGGAACGGUGCGCCGGAACCUCGACCCAUUCGGCGCCCGCGACGACGCCGCCGUCUGGGGCGCGCUGGAGAAGACGGGGCUCAAGAGCCUCUUUGAGGAUAAGGGAGGGUUGGAAGCGGACCUGAACAUGGACCGGCUUAGCGCGGGGCAGAAGCAGUUGUUUUGCAUGGCGAGGGCCAUCGUGAGGGAGAGCCGUGUUCUCUUGCUCGACGAAGCGACCAGCAGUCUCGACCAAGCGACGGAGCAGGUUGUCCAAGACCUCAUCCGGAGCGAAUUUCAAAGCUGGACCGUCGUGGUCAUUGCCCAUCGCCUCAAGACCGUUGUAGACUUUGAUAAGAUUGUGACGCUUCAGGACGGACGAGUUGCCGAGUUUGAUCAUCCCAAGACAUUGCUCGAGAAGGGGGGCCUCUUUGCCUCCAUGUGGAAGCUUCAAGAGGGAUGA